UUCAUUCGUAAAAAAGGAAACUGUAAAUAACCAGAAAAUUUGCAAAGCAGAUUGGUAUUGGAGUCGAUUAGGAGCUGGUAGCUUUUGAUGGCAACGAAAAAAUCGUUCUGCCACUAUUUUCUCAAUAUUCUCUGCAAAAACCAUACAUUGUUAAAAGUAACCUUUGAUUAAAUUCGAAAAGUCGAACAGAAAAGCAAGUGAAAGAGAUCAAAAAGGAAAAGCAAAAUUUUUCAGUGCCGCAAUUUUUCUGUUUGGUCAUAAAAAGUGAAAUUUAGGUAUGGAGAGUCCUUGCGAAUCCGAAAGUUCCCUAGAUGGAGGUACUAUGCUUCCACCCAGUCCAGUGUCUCGAGAACAGUUGCAAAAGCGCAUUGAAUCGUUGACGCAACAAAAUAAAGUACUCAAGGCUGAACUAGAUACAUUUAAGAUUAAGUGCAAAGUUGUGCAAGAAGAAAAUCGUACACUUAAGCAGGCAUCAGUUAUAAUCCAAGCGAAAGCAGAACAGGAAGAGGAGUACAUAUCGAAUACACUUCUAAAGAAAAUUCAAGCCUUAAAAAAAGAGAAAGAGACUUUGGCACAUCAUUACGAACGUGAAGAGGAGUGCUUGACGAACGACUUGUCACGUAAAUUGGACCAGCUAAGACAAGAAAAGUGCAAGCUGGAGCAAACACUCGAGCAAGAACAAGAAUGCCUUGUCAAUAAGCUAAUGCGAAAAAUUGAAAAACUACAAGCCGAAACCGAUAACAAACAAACCAACUUAGAGCAAUUGCGUAGAGAAAUGGUGGAAUUAGAAAAUACAUUGGAGCAAGAACAGGAAGCGUUAGUAAAUAAGCUUUGGAAACGCAUGGACAAGCUCGAGACGGAAAAGCGUUUGUUGCAGAUUAAACUGGACCAGCCAGUAUCCGACCCAACUACUCCACGUGAUAUAACCAAUGCCAAUGGUGACACUGCCUCUAAUUUAAGCGCUCAUAUACAAACAUUGCGCUCCGAGGUGCUUCGAUUGCGUUCCAAUCUUGCUGCUGCACAAAAGGAGGCAACAAAGAAAUUGCAACAAUUCGCACAAGAAGAAAAAAGUAUACGCGAAGAAAAUGCGCGCCUGCAGCGUAAAUUAAAACUUGAAGUGGAACGACGUGAAGCACUCUGCCGUCAUCUAUCGGAAUCGGAAUCGUCGCUAGAAAUGGACGAGGAGCGAUUCUACAAUGAAAACCUGUUAGGGACCGCUGGCGGCUUGGGCAACGCUGCUGUGAAUACUCGUCAACGAACUAUUAGUAGCCCAGUAUCACACAGUCCAUCGAAUAGUCGUCCACUUAGUCCUGGAACAGCUCAGCAGAAUCGUUGUUACGCCUGUGGACAAAUUGUAAAUCGCCGUGCCAGUGAACGUUUCAUUAAACCGGCAUUGCCAACACCCAUGUUGGGUCUUAAUACGUCGGCUCCUAAUGUUCUCACUGGUAAUCCACUUUUGGGGUCUGUCGGUAGCGCCGCGGGUGGUAGUGGAAACCCCGGCUUAUCGAAUACUGCUUUGAACUCGUCCUCCCUAUAUGGAGGCGCUAGUGGAGGGCCCAGUUGCUUCUUACAGAAUUUAAACGCUGAACGUUUAAGUAUUGGUGGUGUAGCAAGUGGGGGAACUGUUUUGAGUGGGUUGGGCAUCGGAGCCCCUCCUAUAAGUAGCAACUCGGGAACGUCUCAGCAGGCUUCCAAUCCAAUGAAUAUAAGCAUCAACAAUUCGUCCAACAAUUUGCCGAAUAACAUGAAUACCAAUAAUUCAUCGCUUUCUGCAUUUAAUCCAACAAACACAAACUCGUCAACUUCAUUUGCACAGCCAGCCAGCCCAAUGGAUACUUCUGUUUACAAAGACUAGACAUCGUUUUUGUUUUUUCUCACUCGGAAGAUAUUUACAGAUAAAAAGAAAACAAAUGAACCCAAGUUGUAAUUUUGAUAUAGAUAUGGUGUCGAUUUGGAAUGGACUUAAACCGUACGGACUUUGAAGAGUUUGCCCAUUUUCUUCAGCAAUUAGUUAGACUGGCCUAGAUAUAAAAUUUUUGGGAGUAGUUCAAAACGAAAAGCGUGCUAAAAAUACGGCCAGUAGCUAGUUUUGAAACAAGUACGAAUAAGAGAAAUGAACGAUAAAUUUAAAACGUAACCACAGCGAUUUAAACAAAAAAUUCCUGUUCAUAAUAAAUAACAACGCUCACUCACUCACUAAAUAUAUCUUUUUGCAGCAUUCG